AUGAUGACCGAAGAGCACUCGGAUCUGGAGGCCCGGAUCAUCAAGGACAUUCACUGCAAGGAGAUAGACCUGGUGAACCGCGACCCCAAGAAUAUCAAUGAGGACAUUGUGAAGGUAGAUUUUGAAGAUGUGAUCGCGGAGCCUGAGGGCACCUACAGCUUCGAUGGUGUAUGGAAGGUGAGCUACACCACUUUCACCGUCUCCAAGUACUGGUGCUACCGCCUGCUGUCUACCCUGCUGGGUGUGCCACUGGCCCUGAUCUGGGGCUUCCUGUUCGCCUGUAUCUCCUUCUGCCACAUCUGGGCCGUGGUGCCCUGCAUUAAGAGCUACCUGAUCGAGAUCCAGUGCAUCAGCCACAUCUACUCACUGUGUAUCCGCACCUUCUGCAACCCGCUCUUUGCUGCUCUGGGCCAGGUCUGCAGCAACAUCAAGGUGGUGCUGCGGAGGGAAGGCUAA